CAGGAUUUGUGUUUGCAACAUGUUUGAAUAUCAUGAAUUUGAUAUGUCCGAACUAUUUGGUGACGACGAUACACUACCGCUUGACUUAUUACCUCCGGAGAUACAGUCCUCUGCAAACUCGACAACUUCGCCUAACUCAGUAAAAACUUCCAUGGUUUCUGAAGCUUAUCAAGAAGGACUUUCGGCUCGUCUCCGAUCGAGGUCUAAGCAUCACCCAGAUCGGCAGCCAAGGAGUGCGUUAUGUGAUCAAGCCAUGGUUGAGAACAAAAAUGAAAACGAGAGCUCGAGCAUAAAGACUGGUCUAUUCAUGAACCAGAUUAAAAAAGGCAGCUCUACUAAUGAACUCCUUGUUAGAGCAUUCAUAGAGAGUGCCAAUGAGUCAAAAAAGGUUACAACAGCUAUUGAUCAGCUAAGUCAUCUUCCAGCUGAAGUGGCUGCUCUUAAUGAGAAAAUCGAGAAUCUCGAGACUUUCCGUCGGGAGACUAUGACAAUUCUCGAGAAUUAUCAUCUGACACAAAUCCACCUGUCACACCUGCAAAAUCAACUCGCCAUGAGGGAACAACAGAUCGACUUCAUGUACCGAUCACUCGCAAAUGUCAACAGCAAGUUCAGACUGAUGCUGCAGAGCUUGGCGCAGAAAGACAACAGAAUUUUUGAAGGGUUUCAA